AUGAGUGCGACGAACUUGGAGCAGUAUCUGAAGAACAGACGUCGGCGGUCGUCUGUUUCCCUGGCUCAGAUGCCAGGGAGGGAUACUGUCAAACUACACCGCGAGGAAACCAGUAACAGUCUCCACAUGGGACGGCGAACCUCCAUAUUCUCUUCGGAACCUCUCUGGGAACCAAAGGCAGCGUCCUCUACCAAUAAAGAAGGCCGGACGUCAAAAUCCAACCUGCUGGACAAGAGUACUCUCUAUUCCGUCAAAAGAGAAAACAUAGCCAGCCGGGAGAUGGAAUUCCGGACAAGACCCAUCGUCAGACACUCGGACGAUCCAAACUUCAACAUAGAGCAGAAGAAGGAGAGGGAUUAUAUAAUGAACGCUCGCCUCGGCGACAACAGUUUGGGGAAAUUCGCCAGGGCCAUCAUUCAGCACUUCUUUAAAGCCCCCGUUCCCAAAUCUCACCCCGGAUACGGGAUGCCACGUCCAGAAACAAGGGAGUCUAACCCGUUCAGGGUCAUGAUGCAGGACCUUCAGAGAGAUCCCAGCAUGCUGCAGAUUAGUGCGUUUCCGUCUCUCACAACUCCUGUAAAGUGCGAGAGCGGAAAUGAGUUUUGCGAGAUUUUAGGAUCUAGCGCUUGUUCUACCUGUAUUGAGAAAACCAAUCGAUAUAUUGGAGAUGAAUUACAGAGAAUCAUGUUUCCUAAAUUAGAUUUGACGCGCCAAAGGCUGGUACAACCAAAAUUAGCGCGCGUCAUGAAGGAGGGUCAUAUGAUGCAAGUUCGGAAACGGAGACUGAGAGAAUUACACUUCCCGGACCAUUUCUCCGUACUUAAACGUCGAGAAACGCACAUUACUGAUAAAAGUGCUCAUUUCAAGAAAAGUGCCAAGAAGAAGAAAAAGAUGAAGACACUCACUUCUUUCGUUCGCUCCACACCGAUGACACCAGGUAUAGCACUGGCGACAGUGAAGGAAGAAUCACUGGCCAGCGCCUAAGGCGUAGGAGUUUUGCUGUUAGCGCCUAAGGCGUAUGGAUGUUUUAUUAGUAACUAAGGCAGAGGAAUUUUGUUAACAGUGCAUUUCUAACUUCAUUUUCUGUGUGUUGUCAUUAGGCAAGCCUCCUGGAUAUCCUUUAAUUUAUGACUUUCGGAUUGUGACCCUCCUUUCGAUUUGUGAAUGCAACAUGUUACACAAACCUCGCUUAGAUACAUCUCCAACAGAUGCAAUGCACGUAACACACCCUUAAUGUAUUUCAUCCCGAACUUUCAUCAUUUCAGGUAACAAGUGCUCAGAAAUAAAUGCGGGAAUGUAAUACAACAGUGAACUUGUUUUAUUGGGGGAUAUUGUACAUGUCUGUCUCUAUUGGGGAAUAUUGUACAGACCUGUCUCUAUUGGGGAAUAUUGUACAAAUCUGUCUCUAUUGGGGAAUAUUGUACAAAUCUGUCUCUAUUGGGGAAUAUUGUAUAUGUCUGUCUCUAUUGGGGAAUAUUGUAGAAAUCUGUCUCUAUUGGGGAAUAUUGUACAAAUAUGUCUCUAUUGGGGAAUAUUGUACAAAUCUGUCUCUAUUGGGGAAUAUUGUACAUGUCUGUCUCUAUUGGGGAAUAUUGUACAGACCUGUCUCUAUUGGGGAAUAUUGUACAAAUCUGUCUCUAUUGGGGAAUAUUGUACAAAUCUGUCUCUAUUGGGGAAUAUUGUAUAUGUCUGUCUCUAUUGGGGAAUAUUGUACAAAGCUGUCUCUAUUGGGGAAUAUUGUACAAAUCUGUCUCUAUUAGGGAAUAUUGUACAAAUCUGUGUGCAUUGCGGAAUAUUGUACAGAUCUGUCUCUAUUGCGGACUAUUGUACAUUUUACAGAACGAUGUUUUUCAGAGUUGAACAGAAAUAUUGAUUAGAUACGUGUGUCCCGUAACAAUGUAUGUUCCAGAAGACUUCUAUAGAAGUUUAUUUUGCAUAGACAUUCGAUUUAGCAUAAAUAAACAGUAAAUUUAGCAUAUAUAGACUGUAAAUUUAGCUUAUAUAGACUGUAUAUUUAGCAUAUAUAGACUGUAAAUUUAGCAUAUAUAGACUGUAUGUUUAGCAUAU